UCAUUCUUCAAACUCAUCUCAUAACUCAGUUUCUCUUCCUUUCUGUUACUAUACCUUGUUUGUCAAGAAACACACAGCAAAAACAAAACACUUUUUGCUUUUUCUUUCUUCUUUUGGAGUUGUAUCAUGGAUGGAAGUUGCAUAGAUGAGAGCACGACUAGUGAUUCUGUAUCAAUUUCAGUUUCUCCAUCGAAUGUCUCUGUUUUUCCUGGAUUGACCAAGUCGCCGGAGUCUCUCUACCGGAUGGGGAGCGGGAACAGCGUGAUUCUGGACUCUGAAGGUGGAGUUGAAGCUGAGUCGAGGAAGCUGCCGAGUUCUAAGUACAAAGGUGUGGUUCCACAGCCCAAUGGCCGGUGGGGUGCGCAGAUAUACGAGAAGCACCAGCGUGUAUGGCUUGGUACUUUUAACGAGGAGGACGAGGCCGCCAGAGCCUAUGAUAUCGCCGUGCAGAGGUUCCGCGGCCGUGACGCCGUUACCAAUUUCAAGCACCUCCAGGAAACUGAAGGGGACGAAGUCGAAAUGGCUUUCCUGAAUUCGCAUUCCAAAGUGGAGAUCGUCGACAUGUUAAGGAAACAUACUUACAGCGACGAGUUGGAGCAGAGCCGGCGGAGCUACGGCUUCGACGCGAAUGGAAAGCGCGUUGCCAGGACAGAAGGCGGCGGCGCAGGUACGUUCGGUCCGGACCGGAAGGCGCGUGAACUGCUUUUUGAAAAGGCGGUUACUCCGAGCGACGUCGGGAAGCUGAACCGGCUUGUGAUACCCAAACAGCACGCAGAAAGACACUUCCCCCUGCAAACCGUGAGCGCUUCUUCAAAAGGAGUUCUCUUGAAUUUCGAGGAUGUCACGGGGAAAGUUUGGCGGUUCAGGUAUUCAUAUUGGAACAGCAGUCAAAGCUACGUCUUGACCAAGGGGUGGAGCCGGUUCGUGAAGGAGAAGAACCUGAAAGCUGGGGACUUUGUUUGCUUUCAGAGAUCAACAGGACCGGAGAAGCAACUUUACAUAGACUGGAAAGCUCGGACCGGGCUGGGAUCUGGUCAUCUCGGAUUGGAGAACCAGACCGGCCCGGUCCAGAUGGUGAGGCUGUUUGGAGUCAACAUCCUUAAUAUCCCAGGGAAUGGUGUUUGUGAUAACGUUGGUGGGUGUAAUGGGAAGAGGAUGAACGACAUAGAACUGCUGUCUUUAGAGUGUAGAAAGAAGCAAAGGGUAAUCAAUGCCUUGUAACACCCUUUUUUUUUGGUUUUAAUUUCUGCUCUUUUUUUUUUUUUUUAAAGGAUAUUUUUGUGAAUGUCGAGAAGGUGUAGUGUAGGGACGAGGAUGAAGGAGGAGGAGGGGGUGGUGUUGCUUAGGUCAGUUAGGUGCAAGUUGUAAACGGGUAAUUUGUAUAUUACAAAAAAAACAAAGCUGAAAAUAUUAAGUUUUAAUCAGUGAUGUAAUACAGUUCUUCCAAGGAAAUAAGAAAAAAAAAAAGAGAGACAGAGAGAGAGAAAGGGAAGAAACUAGCUAGAAUGGAUAUCUGUCAAUUAAGUUCUGAUGAUGUCUUGGCCAAAGUGUUUUUAUUCUAAUCUUCAUGUUAGUUACUUUGUAUGGUUCUGGUGUUGUUGUUUUCCGCAAAAUAUCUGGGUGCG